AUGAAAUGGGUGUUAACUCAUUUACUGCCAGCCACUCAGAAUGGGGAUUGCAAAUUUGUGGACAUGCAACAAGUUAUCCAUGUAGAUGAAAAAUGGUUCUACUUGAACCCAGAAACAAGGAGGUUCUACCUUCUACCAAAUGAGGCAAACCCAUAUAUGUGCCAACAGUCCAAGAGGUUCAAAGUUAAAGGUAUGUUCAUGGCAGCAAUUGGCAAACCCAUAUUUGGUCCUAAUGGAGCAUUAAUACAUGAUGGAAAGUAUGGAAUUUUUCCAUUUGUCUAUGAAAGCAUAGCAAAGAAAAAAAGCAAAAACAGGGAUGCUGGUGCUGUGGAAAUCAAGGCAACACAGAAUAUCAACAAAGAAGCCAUAAGAGCAAUGCUAAUCAACAAUGUCAUUCCAUCAAUCAAAGCUAAAUGGCCUGCCCAUCUACCCAAGGACAUAUUUAUUCAGUGGGAUAAUGCCAGUCCUCAUCAAAUUCCUAGGGAUGAGGAAUUUCAAACAGCUUGUCACUCUGAGGGAUUCAACAUUCAAUUUAUUUACCAACCACUUCAGUCCCCAGAUUUAAAUGUGUUGGAUCUAGGGCUAUUCAAUGUAAUCCAAUCAAUACAAUACCAAUCCUUCCCAAAAAACCUAAAGGAACUCAUUGAAAGAGUGACAGAGGCUUAUCAGAUGUUCAACCCAGAGUUGAACAAGCAAAUUUGGAUAAGUCUACAAUGUUUUAUGGAAGAAUUCUGA